GGAGGAACACCUGAGGAAGACGCCCGUGCUCGUCGAUGCCCUCCUCGCCGGCCAGCCCUACAGCCGGGAGUACCGCGACCUCUACCGCACCAUGAUGGGGGCGGCCGCGGUCACUCAGGUGUCCAGCGCUGGACUCACCCCGCCCAGCAGCAGUGGUGGUCUGUCCAUCCCAACCCCGUCACCUUCACCUCGCGACUCGCAAGCCUCCCCAGACGGCGCCCGUAAAUCGCACACGCCGUCUUCGGUCCACAGCGGAGACUCGGUUCGUUUGUCGGACAGGGAUGGAGCGGAGAAGAAAAGGCUGUGUCUGGAGAAGGAUGGGAAGUUUGCCGCUAACCUCAUCCGGAGAAUGGAGACGAAACUCGACGCGGACGACAAGAGAGAUUCCCCUGUCGCCGGAAAGAGUAAGUCGACAAACGUCAGGAAAGAGGAUAGACUGAACGAGUCGAGCCUAAAUCCUGACAUAAAGGAAGAAAUUUUAUCCGAGGAAGAAGACGCAGACUCUUCCAGGAGUGUGAAGAAAGACUGUCGCCUGAAGGAUGUGAAGGAGGAGAGUGAGAAGCAGCGGAAAGAUGGCGGAGAGGUGGAGGGUGAAGAAGGAGAAGAAGAAGAGGAAGAUGACAUCUCGGAUCGCAUCGUGGGCAUGGUGAAGCUGGAGAUGUGCGGGGGCGGUGAGAGUCAGAGCUGCCGCUACUGCCACAGCGAGUUCUCCAGCCCCGUGGACCUGCACCAGCAUGAGAGGUACUUGUGCGAGCGAAACCACGACAUCAGGCGAGUCAUCACGGGCAGCAAGACUGCUGCUGCCACCUCCUCCCCCAUCACCGAGGAACGGCCGUCGUCUCAGAAAGAGGCUUCCAGCUCGGAGAAAGAUGACGAUGACGAAGAAGUGGAAGUGAAGGACGAGGUAGAAGGGCCGUCGCUCAAGAAAGAUAAAAACGAAGAUCUGGUUGAUGAUGAUGAGGAUGAAGACGAUGAUGAUGACGUUGACGAUGAUGACGAAGAAGAAGAAGUGGAGGCAGCAGAGGUGAAGUGCAAGAAAGAAAAAGUAGAAGCGGAAGAAGAAGAAGAGAAGAAGAAGAGGAAUAAGGAGGAGGAGAUGGUGGCGGAGAAGAAGGCGGUGCUUACGGAUAGCCAGAGCCACCACCUGCGCGCCUGUUUCCGUGACAACAAGCAGCCGGACGCCCAGGCUGUCGGCGAGAUCGCCAAGAUCAUCGGACUUUCCAGGAAAGUUGUACAGGACUGGUUUGAGAACCAGCGAAGCCGGGAGGACCAGAAGCAGGAGCGGGCCAAGCAGGCGCGUGCUCGCAGUCGUAAACGUAGCGGCAGCCCGGCCACCGCCACCUCCCCCUCCCCGUACAUCCCCAUUGUGCCGAACCCGUUUGCCGUGUUCCAGCACAGCCACCACCACAGCCACCACCACCACCACCAGUUUGCUCACAAGUACGCAGCGGGGCCCGGCUCUGUCCACAGCGAGAUGGCUAGUCUGUACCCUCUGACCCAGGUGCCCUCCGCACCGGUCAACCUGUCCACCGUGGCCCCGCUGACCCCUCCGUCGGAUGACCAGCCCCUGGAUUUGACCGUCCGCAAGCAGCAGCCCCCCCGCGCCCACCACCACCACCACCACCCCCACCAAGGUGUUCAGGCCCACGUGGAGAAUCUGGAAGAUCAGGUUUUGAACCUCAGCAAUAAGAAACCCAAGCUGGAGCCCGUGUCCACCUCCUCCACCACCAGCAACAACACCAACACCACCAACCCCUCGUCACCACCACCGUCGAUUAAGCUAGAGUCGCCUCCCCUGUCGGCCACCACGCCCCCGCAGGGAUCCUCGCCCUGUCACAGCGUGGCGGACUCGUCCUCGGCCCACGGAACACCCUCCAGCCCCCCGUCAUCUCAGCCCGGCCCGUUCCCCUCCCCCCUGACCAUUCCCAAACACCCUUUCCUACAAGUACCCGACCCUAAAGCCUUCUCCACCCACCCUCUGGCCCUGGCCGAGCUCGAGCGCUUCGAGACGGCGGCGCGUCAGAUGGAGGGCGGCCGCUUUCAGCACUCGGAGAUCUUCAAGUACAUGAGCCAGAAGGGUUUGUUCAAGGGAGGCUACCACAGCCUGCUCAAGGGGAGCUACCCCGCCGCCGUGGUGGAGCCCAGCGGCCUCCGUCAGCUGUCCCCUGCUGCGGCCGUACAGAUUACGGGAGUUAUCCCCCCUAACAACCACCACCCGCAGCGAGACUCGCCGGUCAAGACUGGCUUGACGGAGGAGAGGAAGACUUCGGGCUCGCCCACUAAGACAGACGUCCGUUCGGUAUCUCCGAGCGGCAAGAAGCUGGUCAUUGACGAGUCGUGCGACGAAGAAGGCGGCGUCCCCCUGGAGGGGGAGAAAGGCCUGGACAAGAGCAGCUUCGAGGGCGAGCUGAAGCGGUUCAUGGAGUCGCGGGCCGAUCUUCAAACACUGGCCAACGUGGCAACCAUGGAGGAGUUCCGGGCCUUGUCCGCCGCGCAGGGCAAGCGUCGCAGGAGGAAGAGCUCCAAGCAGGUGGACCUUCCCCGCCCGCCAAGCCAUCAUCCCUUCGUGGAAUAACACCGACAGCUGCCAUAUUUUAGACGGAAGAAACUCAAGCCCUGUCAGAACUCUGCGACAGAUGCAAUGUGGGGGUCAAGAGUUACGUCACCGUACACCACACCUACUGUCUGAUCACUGUAAGAAAGGAAUCGUUUCAGUUUUUCCCAGCCCCCUCCGAGUUUUGAUGAAGAAAAGACAGAAAUAACACUGCUAGUUUUGUUGUGUUUUUACGCUCUGUCUCAAAUGUUUGGCAAAGCAGCAAACCUAACCCAACCUAACCUAACACUCACACACACACACACACACACACACACACACACACACACACACUCACGCUCACGCACCUUCAUCAUUCUGCUGCCUCGAAGAGAGCGAUAGGAGGAUGGGUUGCUUUUUUUACGGCAGCGAUGCGUUGUCGAGUCUGGAGGAUAGAGGGACAGUGUUUCUCUCUCUCUCUCCCUGUGCCUGAGAUGGGUGUGGACAGCUGUGUAACUGCGUGUGUGUGUGGGAACAUCGACGAGUUCUCUAUGCUCCAUGGUACGAGGCCAGAGUUUUCUGAUCUUGUGGUGAUUGUCGCCGUUGCUGCUGCUGCUGUUGUUUUGAAGUGAGGAGUUUGCGGUACCGUACAGGGACUUUCACGACGGCACCUCGUCGGAUUUGAACUUUCUCGGACAGAGCUGUUGUGUUUCUUCCUUGUUUGGAUCAGUAAUACAAGUGGGUGGUUUUUUCCUCGGUUUUUUUUUCCUUAAAAAAAACCAUUUUUUCUUUGAGAUUUAUUUCUGUUUGUUUGGACAAGAAGAAAAAAGCCACCCCACCCAUCAAGCAGCUCAUGACGUGGGUCAUGUGAGACGUUUCCACUGGUUCAGAAUUUUUUUUUAUCCGUUUCUUCUUCGUUGGACCAGACAGAAGCUCUUUGCUGAUGUCGGAGGGAAAAUGAAAUGAGGAGAAACGUGAGCUACUGAAGAACAUUUUAGCCCAUGAGCCACUGAAGAACAUUUUAGCCCAUGAGCCACUGAAGAACAUUUUAGCCCAUGAGCUGCUGAAGAACAUUUUUGCCCACGAUGAAAGCAUUUUGUUUGUGGAGCCUUUUAUCCUAUUCUAGUCAUCUGGUUUAGGCUUGAUUCUGUUAUGUUUUGUUUGUGGGUUUUUUAAAAUCCUGUUUGAAAUGUUUUUGGCGGACCAAUACUCAUUAUACUGACCAACUCAAUUUGUCUUUGUUUUUAUGAGAAAAGUAUUCAAGUUAUUCUUUUGUAACGUGAAUAUUUUGAGGCGAUAUGUUUGCCUGUACACACAGAGUGUAAGUAAGGGAGGUUACAAUCUGUGGGGUCCUAGACACAACCCUGGCCCCAGCCCCGCAGAUAUUGAUCGUAUAUAUAUAUAUACAAAUACAUAUAUACGUAUCACAGACUUGUACACUUGGUAAAUAUAUAUAUAUAUAUUUUGAUUUUUGGGGCAGGCUUUUUCUUUUGCUUUAAUGCAGACAAAUGUGUCCUUAGACCAUGCUUAUAUUGAACAGAGAUGCCGAUUUGCCACAUAGGUCCAGAAAUCUACUUUUUGGGGGGAGGUUUUUUUUCUUAAGAUUGUCUGGAUUUUGCCCCUUGAACGAAAAUAGUCUUGAUACAAGAUGUAUUAGGCGAUAUGAUUUAUAAAUUUUGAGACCUUGUGCACACGUUUUCAUGAGGUUGAAAAAGUUCCGAGUGGUGGUUUUUUUCGGGGGGGUUAAUUUUUUCCCCCCUCGUAAUAGCCAAGUUGGCUCCUCUGAUUUAAAAUGAAAGUGCAAGUUUUGAGAAUAUAUCCUUUAUUGCGUUAAAAAAAACAUGCACUGAAAUGACAAACCAUGUUGUUGCAUAGACCAAUAGUUUUCCAGUAUUGUUUCUUAUAUUAUAUUAUACAUCGUACUAUGUUAUAUAUAUAUAUAUAGUAUGUUAUUCCGUUGCUUCCAAUGUUCUGUUUUUCUCUUGAAUUCCCGUUGUUACAUAUAUAUUUUGACUCUCAGAAAUUCCACAUGCAAUUAAUUCACAACUAGCAAUGCCAUGUCACCAGACUCCCACGUUCUCUGUUGCCACGGUGACCACAAGAUUCUUACUUAAUUACGUGACCCUCACGUUUAUGCUUUUUUUAAAAUUAUAAUGACUGCAUCAUGAUCAUCAUUCUCGUUGAUAUUGUGUUGGGUUUUUUUGGGGGGGUACCCAUUGUUUGCUUUACUCAUUCUUCGACUUUUUCGGUCAAAAACGGUACCGUACUCUAUAUUCCCACACUUGAAAGUGUUUUUAACUGUACUGUUGUUUCUAUUACCUCACAUGUUUGUUGUUUUUUUGUUUUUUUUUUGUUUUUUUAUAUUGUGCCCUGGGGUUGAACAAUAAUUGUUCUUUAAAAAA